AUGCCGCCGAGUAAAAACCUUUUCGCGUCGUUCAUCUCUGUGGAUCCGGAGGAGGGGGGGGUCGGCCCCGCGGACCCGGCGGCUCUCCACGCAGACAUCCACGCUCUGCUGCAGCGGAGCCGCACGCAGGAGCGGCCUGGAGCAGAGCGCAUCAGACGCGGAGGGUGCGACCACCGGGACCCUCCAUGCGCCAUCGUGGAGCUCCGGCUGGGCCCCGCCCCCGGAGCACUGCACUACCUCCAGCCGGACAAGUGCGCCCUGGAGCGGGCGCAGAGACGGCGGCGCCUCGCUGCCAACGCCCGAGAGAGGAGGAGGAUGCUGGGGCUCAACGUCGCCUUCGACCGGCUGCGGAGCGUCAUCCCGAACCUGGAGAGCGACAAGAAGCUGUCCAAGUCCGAGACGCUCCAGAUGGCACAGAUCUACAUCUCCACCCUCAGUGAGCUGCUCGAAGACGGAGCCUGCGGAAGCUCGGUACCGACACGUGCAACUCGGCCUUCGGGGACCACUACCCCCCCACGGGGAUCCACUACCCCCCCACGGGGAUCCACACCUGUGUCCGGAGAGCCGCGCAGAGGAGGAGAGGAGUCAUGA